GUGAAAUGCAAUUCCAGGGAACAGCUUGAUGCUACAGGGCAGAGAGACAAGCAUCACAAAGGGAGCUAGGGAGGGAUUUAUCUUUUGUCUUUGAGCAGUGUUUACUUGCAAUGUCUGAAGAACUGAAGAUGCUUAAGAAUUAUGCCUGAUCAUACUUCCAGAUAAUGUGGUUGUACUCUGUGAGACACACGUGUGAAGACUGAAGCAGAGGGUUAUGAAGUUGGAGGUACCUGAAUCCUUUGAGGAGGUUGCUGUCACUUUCUCUAAUGAGGAAUGGAUGACAUUAAGUGAACAACAGAGGGAGCUUCACAGAGAGGUGAUGGUACAAAAUUAUGAAACUAUGCUUUCAGUAGGGUAUAGUAUCCCGAAAAAACAGCUGUUUUUGCUUUUCAAAGAGGAUGACAGUCACCCACAGAAUAAUGUGCAGAGGAAGGAGACAGUACAACAAAAAUACCAUGCUGGCGGUAUUUCUAGCAAACCAAAUAAGCAAACAUCAGAGAAAAAAGAAACAAAGGCAAAAAGAAAGUUGGCUAGUGAUAAGAAGGUCAUAUCGAAGAAGCAGACAAAGAAUGGACUACAGCAGAGUAAGCAGGACAAGGUGGAGAAAGUGCAGAGGUCAAAAAAGGAACCAGCAGCAAAGAAGCUUAAGGAUAAAACAGAUCUGUCUGAUCAGCCAUCUAAGAAGAAAGAAGUAAAAGGAAAGAAAAAACUUACUGGUAGCAGAAAGCUUAUGUCAGAAACAGAAAAGAGUAAUGUGCCGCAGAAUGGAACACCAGAAACACUAGGCAAAGAAGAACAGAGAUCGAUAAAAGAACCAGAAGUAAAACAUUCAAAAGGCAAGGCAGCCCUCCCACUUAAUUUUUUAUCCACAAACUCUUCUGGGAAACAACCAAGGAAGAAGAAAGCGACAAAAGAAGAAACAGCCCUCCAAACUACUGGAGAGAUACCAGCUAAAAGACAAAAGGUAUCCAAACCACAGAACCCCAGGACAGAUGUAACAAAGGAAGGGAAGCAGAAAUCAAAGGAAGGGAAACAGAAGUCAAAGAAGAUAACACUGGAAGAUCAGCAAAAGACUGUAUCAGCAACAGAGCUAUUACAAAAUCCAGAUCAAGAUCAACAUUCAAGAGAAACCUCAAAAGACAAGGAUGAAAAGAAACCUAAAGUGAUCAAGCAGAAAGUAUUAAAGGGAUUAAAAAAAGGCAAACAUAUGGUGAAUACGUCAGUUCAGGUAGAGAAAAAGCAGAACACAGCAAAGGAUAAGCCAGUGACGCAGCACCUGGGUGAUAAAAAUGCAACAGAGCUGUUACAAAAUCCAGAUCCAGAUCAAAAUUCAACAGAAACCUCAGAAGACAAGGAGGAAAAGAAACCUAAAGUGAUCAAGCAGAAAGUAUUAAAGGGAAUAGAAAAAGGCAAACAUAUGGUGAAUACGUCAGUUCAGGUAGAGAAAAAGCAGAAGACAGCAAAGGAUAAGCCAGUGACGCAAAACCUGGGUGAUAAAAAUGCAAGUCAGCAGGCCAGCAUAUCCCAAGAGCAACAUAAACUGGCUUCAGACCAGAUCAGAGAAAAGAAGAAAAGCAAAAUGACAAAGACGGGUAAUUCAGCAAUAAAAGCAAAGCAGGACAAAUCACAUAAAAUAAACUCAAGCAAAGAAGAGGUCGUGGAACCAACAGUAUCAGUGUCCCCACAUUUACCUCAACAUUCCCAAAAGCAGCCACUGAUGAAUACUGAAGGAAAGAUGGGUAAAAAGGUGAGACAAAAGAGUAAGCUGUUAAAACAAAAAAAGGAAGACAACCUGGAGAGAAAUAGUCAAGACAAGUCUGCUGAAGAAAAGAAGAUAAAAAAUAACUCAAGAAUACAGCAGCCAGUGGAUACGCAAGAAGGAUGUCACAUCCCGAAGUUACUUCGUUACAAGGUUCUUGAGUCAGACAAAUUAUUUUUGCUCUUUGAGAUUGGUAAGGAUUAUCUAUAUAGUGAUAUUGAGGGAAACAAGGAUAUACAGAAGAAAAAGAAGAAGAAGAUUUUCAAGGGAUCCUCAUUCAGAGCUUCUCAUGACCAUAUGUCUUCUUCAAUUGUUCAGGUGUUCAUCCCAAAAAUCCUUUACAAUAGACUUUCUUCCCUUUCCUUGUAUUUUGAGAACCAGUAUCUUAAGCUUCUCGCUAAAGAUACAAUAGAAGGAAUCUCCCUCCCUGAGGGUCGGCUGUUAAGGAAGAAGAAGGUGAAAAAUGUAUGA